UAUUAAUAGAAGGUGGUAAGCUAUCUGACCUAAAGCCUGAUCCAACUAAACAAUGGGCUAGCCAAUUGCAGGACAUAAGGCAAAAGCUGAUUCUGGCUAUUACAAAAAAAUUACCAGGAUAUCGGCACCAUUCUGGUGCAAUUAAAAAAAUUUUAAAACAACAUCAAAAGACACAGUGUCAGACAGCAACAAUAAAUGCUGAUCCAAAAUUAAAGGCCUACAAUCACGCCAAAAAGGGGAAAAAUAGUAAGGUGAAUGAGGAUGAUCUGAAGAAAUUAACAAGAAGCAAAAGAAGAAAUUUCUAUCAUUCUGAUGAGGAGUAA